AUGGCUAGGGCAAUAUUUUUUCUUCUUAUUUGCGCAACCAUUAUCGUCGUUGUCAGGGCUGAUGGCCUCUCCGAUUUCUCCAACAACUUAGCUUCGGACCUUGGGCCUCUUCUUUCGCUCUUUGGAGAAGCAGUCACUCGCCAAUAUCUAAGCGAGAGCACCACAUUCAUUGAUUAUUUUAUUUUCGCCAUGGCCCCUAUAGGCAUCAUUGGUACAAUCACAGCUGUUAUUCGAGUAUGUGGGAGCUCCUCGCUCCGAGCAUUUAUUGGUAGAGCGCAGGAAGGCCAAGGCACUACAGAAGCUGAACUAUGUACUUCCACGAGCGCCGACGUCUGUGAGCUAUUUAAUAAAGGUGGCAUCACUAGAGUUCUUGGUCGACCGGAUAUAAUUGAGCUUGUAUAUAUUCCUGACGGAGGCCAAGCCAACAGGAGCCAACAGAAGGAACAACAAAAGGAACAACAACAAACAGCACCACAAAAGUUACGAUUGUUUACUAGCUAUCUGGAAGACAGUUCGAAUGAAUGCUGGCAAAAAAUAACGUUCUCGGGAAGUGGAAAUGCUGUUUUUAACAAGAUGGUCAACUCUACCUCUGGGAAUUUUCUAGACCUUGCUCCAAAACCGAACCUCUCUCUCAAUGUGGGAAUCAGAAGACAACCUGAUUGGGUCUUUUAUGUUAUCGCGCUUGUCGGAUUUAUUCUCCAAGCCGGUAUCCUUGUCUUUGCUGGCACCGCGGUGUGGCUUCUGAAAUGGAAUCUUCAAAAACCGAAUAGUGAAGCUUCUCGAAACUAUGCUCCAGGCAUCUUUAUUGCCGGAACAAUUACUUUGUGUUUAGGUGUCUGGAGCUGCGCGGCACUUAUUGGGCAAACAACCAAUGAACAAUAUUAUCGACGGCUACCUGAGUCUUCUGACGUGUUAUACUGGAUUCAGCCUGGGCCGCAAGUCAUUGGAGAUCAAUCUUUUGGCUCGUUUGCACAUUCAGAUGCAAAUGGGAAAGAUAGACUCAUGAUGUGGACUUCAUCUACAAAAGACUUUGAUAAAAAUUUCGAAGCUGUCACUUAUUUUGCCGUUUCGCUCGUAUUGCUCGGUUAUAUCGCUCAAUUCAUCGGCUUACGAGGCCUAAACGCAUGGAUCUCAAUUGCCCAACUGGGGAUUACUCUCAUUAUGAGCAUUCUACGUGGGAUAUUACGGAUGAAGCGUUUGGACAAGAACAACAAUCGUUUGACUAUGUGGCAAGAUGUGGCUACCGGCCAUGAACUUGACUGGCUAGCUUUUGAUAUUGCAGAGCAGGAGUUCACAAAGAGAUUGAAAAUAGUUGUACAAGAUGCAUCUUUUGAGAAGGAUGAAUCGCAGAGAUUCGAGAAAAAAUUCCUUUGGUAUAUUACAGGACAACAUGAGAAAGCCAUUCGAUGGGGAAAUGUCGCUGUGAAGGACUCCGGAUCUGAGACCCUCGAAAGAAGUCGCAAGAGCGAUUUGUCCAAUGAGUGGCUUGUUGCUUACAAUGACGAACUGAUUCAGAACCGCAUUCGACUCUCGAAUCUAACUGGACAUUUUGGCGAAUCCAUGGACGCGAAAAGUUAUCUGCCCUGGAAAGAUGAGAGAGUCAGGGUCCGUGCUAAAGCUAAAAGUCUCAGCUCAAUGAUUUCUCAAGCUGCGGCAAUUCUAUUGCGAAACCAAUCAAACAAAGAAGACAUACAUUUGAGAAUUAAAGCUACCUUUUCUUAUGAUAAAUCUAAUGGCGAAGAGACCAUUGUUUCUAUCAAGCUGAAACCACCAACAGGCCCCGAUCGUAUCAAUUGGGGUGUCGAUUCUUCCCAGCUUGAAGCAAUUUUGGGACUCUGGCUCUGGUCCAUAACCCGACGAGAGUAUGACACAUAUAGCGAGAAGAAAGCUAGCAGCGAUACUUCGAGUCUUCCAAAUAAGGUACUCAACUCAAAAGUCUUCAGAGUUGUAUCUGUGUGCCAUGGAGAACAGGAAUGGGACAGUUCUUUCGACACAGAUAUGAGCCUAUGGUUGGGUUCUGGCGAUUUGAAGUACAUCAAACGGUCGCUUGACCUGCGAUUAUACAACGGCUAUAAAUAUAGCCUUGCCGAUCAUUGGAUUCCAACAGAUGAGAAAUCUGUAUUCGGCGGUCAAGAUACAAAUCAGACAACGAAAGAAGACAACGAAAGCAAAAAUUACCAAAGAGUAGGUGGGAGCUCGAAUGAUUCCACCGCGGGAUUUCAGAGAUUCUGUGGGUGGAAUUUAAUAUAUGACGCAUUAAGUACUGCUACUUCCGAGAAAGAGAGCAAUAACACAUCUGAAAGAAGGAGAGUCGACAUCAAAGGCUUUUUGAUGAAGGAUACAGAGCAUUCAUUACUUGAUAUAUGCGCCCAAGAGCUUUUUGUUGCGCUUCUACAUUCCAUGAAGGCCCUAGAAUUUCGAAAACUAGACAAAGUAUCUGUCAGUGAGUCAGGUGGCAAUCUUCGCCUAGAGAAUCCCGCUAUCUCAGCUCUUGCCAAAUGUUUCACAGACAAUGGGAUGGGAACACAUUCUGACGCCAUUUCUUGUUUAAUUCCAUCCCUGAGAUCUGAAAUUCCUCCUUAUCAAGAAAAGGUUCUAUCAGCAUUGACGCCGGUGGCUUCAAAUUACCGACGGGAUGACGAGUGGAGUAGCGCAGAAGUCGUUCUAAGCUGGGCGUGCCAAUACUAUCAUAAAUUAAACCCUGCAGAUACAGAUGAAACCAGCGAUUUUAUGGUGGCUCUUCGAGAACUUGGUGAGCUCUACCGCUGGUCGCUUGCACAGAUGCAGCACAACGUUCGGCAAGAGUUUGGCGCAAGGGGAAUCGAACAGAUGGCAUCCAAGUUUGGCAUCACGAAUCCAAUCGUAGCUCUCUACAGCACAAUCGCUAAAAGAAUAAACGGCACAAGAAUUAAGAGCCAAGGUUGGAUGGACGAAUUUCAUCAGGCUGUGGAGGACCGCAGUCGAGAAGAUGCUCUGUAUUAUCUAUGCUUCGCUGGGAAUUUCAUUCCUCACAAGUUUAGCAAAUAUCUUUCGCCUGCUGCUCGGAAUGGAUGGGAUGAGAUCGUUUAUGCUCUGUUGGAAAUGAAGCCGAACCCAAAUGACCAAGACGAUUAUGGCAGAACUCUGGCAUCUCACUGCGCGGAGUUAGAUCUGAGACAAUCCCUGCGGCGAUUAAUGGAUAUGAAUGCUGAUCUUGACCUUGCCGAUAAAUAUAGAAUGACACCUCUGGCUUACGCUGCCAUGAACGGGCGCCAUGAUGUCGUGAGACUAUUGAUAAAAAUUGGCCAAGCAGACCUAAACGGAUCAGGUGGUUCUGGCGAAAGGAGUCCCCUGUGGCUUGCAACUAAUCAAGAUCAUUUUGACACUAUUGCCGAACUCCUAGAUAAAGGAGCCGAUGUCAACAUGGAAACCCACGGAGGAGAUGGGCUGUUAGAUUUGGCCAUCAGAAGGGGCCACUCACGCGUGAUAAAGCUGCUCCUAGAUUGCGGCCUCUUAAAAAAAUGGGUACGCCCUGACAUGAAAGGCGUGAUAGAACAAUUCCUGGAAACGAACAGUCGAAUGACACAGUCGAAUCUUUCUAAGAUUCGUGUACAUCCCUUGAUUUGGGCAGCCUGGAGAGGCCAUACAGAUGUCAUGCGGUUACUUUUAGAAGAUUAUUCAGCGCUGAUACCGGCAGGUGACGAUGAGAUGAGAGAGGCAGAGAAAUUACUAGCAUGUGGUUCCAUCUUACAACCACUUCGAAACCACAGCGAUGGAUUAUUUUCAACUUUGGAUGUUCCUCUCCCUCCCUCGACUCCUAUUACUGACAUAUGUCAUAUCAAGUUUCACCCUCCGUAUUCUGAAGCCCCCCGUCUGAUGAUUGGCAUCAGUGGGUUAUCGUUAGGACAAGGUUCACCGCUUGAUAUGCACUGGGGCGCAGACCCAAUUCCUGAGACGGGAUUCACCCUCAUACGGAGAAGAUAUGAGGAGAGUUGGGAUCAUGUGGAUUCUGCCAAUAUUACUUGGAUUGAAUUAGGUGCAGAGGAACGUGAACUUCAAGUUCUUUCUAUUCUCGAGAAGACGCGAAAACCUCGUAUCACGGUUACGGGGCAGACAUAG